GGAGGCAGCGAGAGGAGCUGACAGCGCGGAGUUGGCGCUGCGGAGCGCAGGCAGCCGUGCCGGUUCCUCCGGCCGGCGUCUGCGAGGACAGCGGCGUCUGACCCGCUCGGGUUCAGGGAUUUGCAGACGUGGAGCAAUGCUUGUGACUCUGCGGCUCCUCAAAGGCCCCUAGAAGCCUGUUUCUUGGUGCAGUCCAGGAUCUCCAGCCCCAUGGAGCCCCCGAUCCCACAGAGCGUCCCCUUGACUCCCAGCUCAGUCAUGGUCCAGCCUCUUCUUGACAGCCGUAUGCCCCACAGUCGGCUCCAGCAGCCACUCACUAUCCUCCCCAUCGACCAGAUGAAGACCAGCCACGUGGAGAACGACUACAUAGACAACCCUGGCCUGGCGCCCCCCACUGGCCCUAAGCGGACCCGGGGAGGGGCCCCGGAGCUGGCCCCGACGCCUGCCCGCUGUGACCAGGACGUCACCCACCACUGGAUCUCCUUCAGCGGGCGGCCCAGCUCCGUGAGCAGCAGCAGCAGCACGUCCUCCGACCAGCGGCUCUUGGACCACAUGGCACCACCGCCCAUGGCUGAACAGGCCUCCCCGAGGGCUGUGCGCAUCCAGCCCAAGGCAGUCCACUGCAAGCCGCUGGACCUCAAGGGCCCAGCAGUCCCACCAGAGCUGGACAAGCACUUCUUGCUGUGCGAGGCCUGCGGGAAGUGCAAGUGCAAGGAGUGCGCGUCCCCCCGGACGUUGCCCUCUUGCUGGGUCUGCAAUCAGGAGUGCCUGUGCUCAGCCCAGACCCUGGUCAACUACGGCACCUGCAUGUGCCUGGUGCAGGGCAUCUUCUACCACUGCACCAACGAGGACGAUGAGGGCUCCUGCGCCGACCACCCCUGCUCCUGCUCCCGCUCAAACUGCUGCGCCCGCUGGUCCUUCAUGGGCGCUCUCUCCGUGGUGCUGCCCUGUCUGCUCUGCUACCUGCCUGCCACCGGCUGCGUGAAGCUGGCCCAGCGCGGCUACGACCGCCUGCGCCGCCCCGGUUGCCGCUGCAAGCAUACGAACAGCGUCAUCUGCAAGGCAGCCGCCGGGGACGCCAAGGCCAGCAGACCGGACAAGCCUUUCUGACACUUUGGGUUGAAGUCCCCUGGAAACUUGGUUCCCUUCUGACACCUGAGAAGACCACGGCGAGGCCAGCAGUUUCAGCAUCCUGAGGCUGACCUUGCUAGUCUGUCUGUUCCCCACCCCCAGCUUCUGAAGAAACAGAGACCACCAUCGCCCACCCUCUCUUCCCCAAAAGGAUGAAGAAGCACUUUGGGUUUUUUCCAGGGUCCUGGAACUUUGUGUCAGACAGUGGCAGGGGCGUGGUAUGGUUUGGGGGGAUUUUUCUUUUCCAGAAGACGGAACACAGAUGUGGACACAUAUCCGGAAGUUGCAGCUGCUUGAAUGCCUUCCCAGUCCUUCCUCCUCCCUCCCUUUCUCCCCACCUCUUUUUCAUUCUCUGGCUGCCUGGAAGGAAUCAUUAACUGAGUGGCCAGGGGACUUUUGAAGAAGACCCUUGGAGUUUGACGUCAAUACCUUCUUCUCCUCUCCCCUCCCCCCAGUUUGCUGCGACAUCUUGGGGACGGUGUAGACCCUAGCAAUCUCUGUUGUAUAUACUUGGGAACCCCCUGAGAAAAGAGGACGGCCAGUGAGUCCAGGCCUCGUUCCUCAAUCUGCCUCCCCGGAGCCACGGACACACUUAGGAGCCACUGCACAGUGCAUUUCUGCCUUCCAGCUUCAUCACUAACUCUUGGGGGUGUUCCACUCAUAGCACCGUCCCUCGGUUCUUACCGAGUCACAGGCUCACCUGCCCGCUACGCGUCCCAGGGUCUCUCUACCCAGAUCCAAAAACUUUAUGGGUAGAGAAGGCCGGGGCAGCAAACGCGAGACCAAAUAGCAUUUUGCCAAUGAGUCUGAGGCUGUGGUCUCUGGAUCCAGUCAUCAUGUUUUUAUAGAAUAAUUAAACUAGAUGCUAACGGUGUUUUAAAAAUUAAUAAUAAAACACUUGCUUCCUUUUGGGCCACCCCCAGGAAGGGCUGAUUUCAAAAUCUGGGGGGCGAGCAACCUCAAGGAGCACAAUCCCCCUCCUCACCAAGAAGAGGAUUUAACAGCAAAGAAGAGAGGUAUCACCUCCCGUUGGCAGAGUGACAGUUGAGCCGAGCUGGGUGUGGGUUUCCUCUCUUCUGAUUCUGCUGCUUUCUGUCAUAGCCUUUUGUGUACAGUGAUGUGUCUGUAUCUUUAAUGUAAAUAGACAGAUGAUGAAAAAAGAGUCUAUUUUAGUGUUAGGAAGCCCUGGCGGGGGAGUCAGAAGAGCGUGGGUGGGGGAAAAGAUUCUCCAGGGGCUUCUUAGGAUUGAGCCCUGCUUCUGUGCGUGGCCACACCACCCCCUCCCGACAGCCCCCAAAGACGUAGCAACUCUUUCUCUCAAGGUGCUAAAGGACUCAGAAAGUGCAGCACGUCCAGUGGGUAGGUACUUGUUGCAUGCAAAAGCUGUAGUGUGUCUGGUCCUCCCCAGCUGUUGUUCGGGGUUUUUGCUUCGUGUGGUAUUUUGUGUUCCUCCCCUAAUGAGAGGAAGUGGCCUGGGUCAGAAAAGCUACCCCAGGUGAAACUGGAAGGCAUUCAUUAGGCGGCAUUUCCAGUUUGUUCUGUAGGGACAGAACUGCCUCCAGAAAAGGGCGCAAAGAGGCAGGUAGCUGUGACUGGCAUGCACCCAAUGCUUCUCAAGGACUUUUUUUUCCCUUCUUGAAGACUAGUAGUAACAUCUUAUGAUUUAGAAUAAGUUAAUUGUAACCAUAGGUAUUUAUUGAUUGGAGGAAAGGAGGGGAGGGUCUUGUUACUUUAUGCUUUAUUUAUAUAACAUUUGCUAGCUUGUAAAAGGCGAAUAUGAAAUACUGCAUCUGCGUUCUCUAAGGCUGAUUCAUGUGGCUACCCUUGCCACAGUCGUGACGGAUGUGUGGAUGUUCUUGCACAAAUCGGAGGGAAUGGUAGAAAAAACACAUUCAGCCAACCACUUAUGCUAAUUGAAUGUAUCAGAUGUGUACUGAAGGGACUGGAGAUGUCUUCCUCAGAAUAGGUGUGCAGAGGUUACGCCAAAAAGAGAGGGCACACGUCCACUCUUGGCGAGGCCUCAGAACUUUUCCCAGAGCCCCUCCCUCAAAUGUCUCCAUGGGAAACUUGACCCAGGGGCGAGAUGCACUUUGGUGAUCUUGGUGUUCUACGUGCCCAUUCUCUGGAGACUUGAUUUACAUAAGCUGUGUCUACACACACGCACACGCACACACAACCCCCUAUCCCACCAACCCUCUAUCUACAUAGACCCUGUUUCCUGGCAAACAGCUUCCUGAACCCUGACUUUUUGUGUACAUAGUUGUAAACACGGAUUUUUCUGGGUUUUGGUUUUCUUUUUUUUCUCCCUGUUUUGGCUUGUUCUUUCUGGUUGGCAUUUAACCUGCUAGAAUGGAUUCCGCAGAACUCUCGUGCCCCGUGUGCUCGGGGCUCAAGGGAAGGACUGAAGCAGCUUUGGUUCUCCCAGCUCUAUUGCACAGCAGUCCUUCAGCAUGUUUUUCUCGGCUUCUUGGCAAAAAAUAAAACAAAAUUGGCUUGCCCGUGGACCCUGAGGGCCACUGGGGGACCAAAGCUCUCGGAAACGUGACACAUUUCUGUGGCUGCUUCUGGCUGAUUGUGUUUCCUGUCACCAACAGCUUGCUUGGCUGGAUUAUGCCUCGUCUUGACCUUUUUUGAAAAGUGCCACCUGGUUCCCACUUCUGUUCAACCUGGGGUGGGAGAUGGGGUCCACAAGCCUGGGUCCAGGACACUUGUCCUAGGCAACCUUGACUGCUCCCCACGGAGGGUGGGUGUGUGAAGGGCCAACACUCCACAAGCACCCUGGGGACUGGGUCUAGGACAGCCAAGCCCUCCCAGAUAGAUGAGGGGGUGCAACCAAGGCUCCUCAUGGUCCCUGGCCAGAAGGAGGUGAAGACCAAUCCCUGCUGUGGAUUUGGCCCCUUCACAGCUUACGGAGACAGAAGACCUGCAUGUGAUGCAUCUGGCUUCUUUCAGCAUUCUGGAGUCUGUGCCGGUCCCCGUUGUACAUUGAGAGAAGCCCAGUUAGAUAAUAACGUGUCCAAGGUUUCACAACGUGGCAAGUGUUGGUUGGGACCAGCACCCAGAUUCCAUCACCUCAAAACUUCAUGUUUUCCUCCCAUGCUGCCCCAGGAGAUGUCCCAUUGGGUGUGGGCAGCACAACUUUGCACUGUACAACCCACUAGGGCAUCCCACAAGCUUCACCGGCUUUCUGGUUCAUGCCUUCCGUAAGCAUUUUCAUGCCCUCUGCUUACUGUGACAGUUGAAGACAAAUGUCGUGCUGCCAUUUUUGCCGUGGGUAACCCUGUGUGGUAUUUUGCUUUCUCUUCUCACUGCCCCACGGUUUGGUUUUGUGUUACGAACAGAAAAGCUGUCAAGGUUCCCACUGCACCACAUUCCUACUUCAUUCCCCUUCACUGUGGCCCCUUCUCACCCCACAACAAAGUUACCACAGAAGGUUUCCUUUGUAUAGAAUAUUUAUUUUGAAGCUCUAUUUUAAUAGUAUUUAUUUUAGAAAGUCUACUAUUGUAAGAGUUCUUCUGUUUGUGAAGAAAAAAACAAGUUAAAAACUGAAUGUACUGAUCUAGAAAAUAUAUAUAAAUAUAUAUUGUUAAAUAUACACAGGACUGCCGUUUC